GCACCGGGGUGCAUCGUAGAUUAAUCUGGCUUUACCCACACACUUUAUUUAUAAUUCCAACCCCAAACACACAAUCUUGUUUUCGCGUUUUCCGAUAUUCUUAAGAUUAUCUGACUCUCUCUCUCUCUCUCUCUCUCUACCUCUGUGUGUGUUUACUCAGAAGACAGAAACCUCAAUUGAUCGAUCAGAUCCGUCAUGGAUUUUUUCAAAUCUGUAUUCGCCGACGACCCACCAGAUCCUCCUACAUCCGAAUCCGCGUCUGAAGCGGCUAAAGAAUCCGAUCCAGAUCCUAAUCCCCCACUAGACCCGAGCCCUGAGGCACCCACUGCUGGUGGUGCUGGUGGGUGGAGCUUUGGGGGUCUGAUCAACACCCUAAAGACCAGAUCCGAGUCGGUCAUCGAUACCUACCGUCGCGACCUCCGGGAAUUCGGUACGGGUCUGAAGAAGGAGAUCGAGGUGGGCCAAGGCUCCUUGCAGAAUGUCGGGCAAGUCAUUGACGAGUUCGGCAGCACUGUGCUGAAAGGAACCGCCCAGAUCAUCUCCCAAGGUAAGGACUCAAUCCUUUCCGUUGAUCUCGAAUCCGAUUCCGAUAACAACAGUGGUAGCAACCCUAAUUAUUAUAGUACCCAACAGAGCUUAAAUUCUAAGCCGUACAGUAGGUUUGACGCUCAGGUUCGUGCCAUUCAGAGUGAGGAUGGCACCUACUGUGAGGAACCUGAGGAUUUGGAUGAUUACAAUAAGUGGAAAUCAGGGUUUGAUUUCGGAGAGAAAAGUGAGGAGAUUGAGGGAUUGCUUGAAAAAAAUGGGGCUAUGGAGAGUAUCUACAAACGGGUUGUUCCCACUACUGUCGAUAAUGAGACAUUUUGGUGUAGGUAUUUCUAUAGGGUUCAUAAGCUCAAGCAAGCUGAGGAUAUGAGGUCUAAUCUUGUGAAGCGUGCCAUUUCCAGAGAUGAGGAAGAGUUGAGUUGGGAUGUUGAUGACGAUGAAGAAGAGGAGGGGAGUGAUAUAGUGCCAAAUGCAGAGAUGAUGAAGAAGAGGGAGGUGGGUAAUGAAGAUUUAAGGAGAACUGCGGGGGAUGAGGUGUCGAAUGUUGAGGUCGGGAAGAAGAGCUUGAAUGUUGAAGAGAUGGGCAAUGAUGGCGGACAGGGUAAUGUAGUGAUCAAAGGUCAAGAGAAUAGGGAGUUGGAUGGCAGAGGUGGUGAGAAAAUAUCUGAGGAGAGUCCUGUUGAGGAUUUGCAAGGUCAAGUGGGAGAGAAGAGUUAUGAUCUAGAGGAGAGAAGGGAGGUAAGUGUUGGGGAAUUGAGUGGUGAUAAGGUGUCUGAUGAGAAAGUACCUUCUACACAGGAUGCUGAGGUGAAUAAGAAUUUGGCAUUUAAAUCUGAUGAGAAUGCGACUUCAGAAGGGAAGGCCGACUCCGGCGAGUCUUGUAAAGAUAGUGAGUUUUCGGUGGUUUCUACCCAGACCUCAAUGCCUGAGGAGGAAGACCUUGGGUGGGAUGAGAUCGAGGAUCUUAGCAGCAUUGAUGAAAAGAAAGUGAAUCAUGGUGGAGGUGAAAGCCCCAACCGAACUGAUGUGCGGAAGCGGCUGAGUGCUGCAGAUGAAGAGGAAGACUUGAGUUGGGAUAUUGAAGAUGAUGAUGAGCCUGCUAAAGCUUGAUUCAACGUAUACAUUUAUGUUAUAAAUAUACCCAUUUCCCGUUCUGUUCUGUCUUCCUCUGUACAUGUUUAUGCAAGUCUGAUAUAGGUUGGGAACGAUUCUCCUUUUCUUCUUUAAUUGAUUUAAAAUGGAAACUGUGAUUGUGUCUCUUUCAAUGUAUGCAGUUGAAGCAGCUGUUUAUAAUGAUAUUACUUCUCAUUCAUUUGCAAGUCCGGCAAUGUUAAGUAAAUUGUGGUACAAUUAUUGAUCAGAUUGGAUCUGCGUCUAAUCCAAAAUUCUAAUGUGGUGUUUUCUUC